AUGUCUCGCCCCCAGAACAUCGGCAUCAAGGCCAUUGAGAUCUAUUUCCCAAGCCAGUGCGUUGACCAGGCCGAGUUGGAGAAAUUCGAUGGCGUGAGCGCAGGAAAAUACACCAUUGGCCUCGGCCAGACCAAGAUGAGCUUCUGCGACGACCGUGAGGACAUCUAUUCUAUUGCUCUGACCACCCUCUCGUCCCUGUUCCGUAAAUACAGCAUCGACCCCGCCUCCAUUGGACGCCUGGAAGUCGGUACCGAAACCCUGCUGGACAAAUCCAAGUCGGUCAAGUCUGUCCUUAUGCAACUGUUCGAGGAGUCCGGAAACUCCAACGUCGAGGGUGUCGACACCGUCAAUGCCUGCUACGGAGGUACCAACGCCGUCUUCAACAGCAUCAACUGGGUCGAGUCUUCUGCCUGGGAUGGCCGGGAUGCCAUUGUCGUGUGCGGUGACAUUGCCCUCUAUGCCAAGGGAGCAGCUCGUCCCACCGGUGGUGCCGGAUGUGUCGCCAUGGUCAUCGGCCCCGAUGCCCCCAUUGUCUUCGAGCCCGGUCUCCGUGGCAGCUAUGUCAGCCACGCCUACGACUUCUACAAGCCCGACCUGACCAGCGAGUACCCGGUCGUCGACGGCCACUUCUCGCUCCGAUGCUACACCGAAGCUGUCGAUGCCUGUUACAAGGCCUACAAUGCGCGGGAGAAGGUCCUGCAGCAGAAGAAUGGCACCAACGGUGUGGUCUCGGAGGAUAAGACCCCCCUGGACCGUUUCGACUACGUGCUCUUCCACGCGCCUACCUGCAAGUUGGUGUCCAAGUCGUACGCACGCAUGCUUUACAACGACUACCUCGCCAACCCUUCCCACCCGGCUUUUGCGGAAGUUCCCGCCGAGAUCCGCGACCUCGACUAUGAAAAGUCUUUGACCGAUCGCACCCUCGAGAAGAUCUUCAUGGGCCUGGCCAAGAAGCGCUUCGCCGAGCGCGUCCAACCGACCAUUGACGUCGCUACCCUGUGCGGUAACAUGUACACCGCCAGUGUCUACGGUGGCCUUGUGAGUAUGCUGGCCAACGUUACCUUUGACCCUAGUCAGCAGAAGCGCGUUGCUCUGUUCAGCUACGGCAGUGGCCUGGCCAGUUCGAUCUUCAGCUUCAAGGUGGUCGGCGAUGUCUCCGCCUUGGCCAAGAACCUUGACCUGCAAAACCGAUUGAACAACCGCCGCGUGGUGCCCCCGUCGGAGUACGAUGCUAAAUGCUUGCUCCGUGAGCACGCCCACCUCAAGAAGAACUUCAAGCCGGCCGGUGAUGCCGAAACCCUGCUUCCAGGCACUUACUACCUGACCGAAGUUGACGACAUGUUCCGACGAAAAUACGCCGUCAAGGCAUAA